AUGGCUUUCGCCAAGCCAUCGAGGCGGCCGUCCGUUUCGUUCAGCGCCGCGCCGGUUCGUUCUGCUCGCCAGCUCCGAACGAAGCCCACGACUUUGCUAAAUAAAAUCACUUUCGCGGCCGGGGAUACUCCACCGGUGGUGGAUAAUUACGAGUGGUGGCGGUUUAGAAUUUUAAAUUGUGACGAGAGGAUUUGGAGAGAAACAGAGUUUAGAGACUUGGGAACAGGUCCUGUUGAAAGGGGAACAGUAGAGAAACCCAUCGAGAUUACAGGGAAGAUACUAGUGAGGACAGAAGCGUAUUUAACUCCGUGUCCAAAGCAGUUUCUGAUUAACACUUUCGCACCCGGCAAUUUCUCCACUUCGCUAGAAGUGAAAGCAGCGCUGGGAGGAAUAAGUCCAAAGCUUCCCCCGCGAGUCUCCUCUGUCACUUACAGAAAGGUACGAAUUAUAAAAUUUACUGCCAAUAUCAAAUUUAAAAAGCAGAACGAUAUUUUCAAUUUGGCCAAUUCUUGUUCUUUAGUUUACCAUUUCCACGCUAGUUUCUAAAACUUAAUUCUUUGUACUUUAUUCUUUUUAGCGUUUUGACAUUUUAUUUGCCCAAAAAUUUACUGUUUAAUUGAACACAAUGGAGAAUUUACUUACCUUUAUAAAAAUAAGAAUAAUAACUGAUUGCAAUUUCUCAUCCUGAUUUGAAAAAUAAAAAUCAAGAACCGUGAUAAAUAGGUUACUAAACUGCGGAUUUUUUUAUGCAUUAUUUUUUUUUUUUAUUGGCGUAAUUAAAUACCACGACAAACUCUUUAUUUUACCUUUGUAUCCUUCAUACUUCUAUCUAAAUAUCCUAUAAAUGUAAAAAAAUCCGCAAUCUAGUCAUAGUACCUACGAUAUAACAAACAAAGUGAGAUUUGAAAAGUACACAUGCACACAAAUGUUGAUACACCUACAUGCAUAUAGAUGUAUUUACAUAGGUAUAUGUACACGUGUAACUUGUGAUGUUGUAAUCACAGUUAAGACUCAAUUAAUUGAUUAAAUAUAUAGAUAAAUCAUCAAGGCACUCGAAAGUUUCAAAGAUAGAGAAUCGAAACGGCAGAAACUCACGUCCCAUCCUGCCGGAAGGAAAUUACUUUUCCUCCACCUCCACGCUCAAAGCCGCCCUUUCAUCGUCGGUUAUACGUGCCCGUAUUUCACUGUUCCGGACCGUGGCGUUUCGACCGACAAGGCCGCGCCGCCAUCAAAUUCAUUCUAUCACCCGGGCAUAUUCCAUUAAUUACUUUCACUUUGCGUCAAUGGCAUUUCCAUUUCAAUGAUCGUCGUCGCCCUCGCCUACACGCGUCGACGCCGUUUCCACCGCCGCGCGCCGGCAUCCCCUUCCAAUGGAAUCCGCCGCUUUUUGUUCACCAUUGAAUUACGUUUCGUAUUGUAAGUGAAAUACAACGGCUGCCUAUCGGCGAUCAGAAGUCAGAGGCUUACAUACUUACUAAUUUCUUUCCAAUUAUCUUUAUCUCUUCUCCCUUCGUCUCUCUUUUAACUCUUUUUCUUCUUUUUUUUUCUUUUUCUUUUUCGUUUCAGUAGAUUAAAUAUUUAACGAUAAGAAUUUCUAACUAAAGAAUUUCCUUCACUUUCCUUUUGUAGAUAGUUUCAUUACAAUGAAAAUGAAUUCCUUUUAAUACUCAUCGACAGAACAAAGGAAUCUCUUUCAAGGAAUAAAUUCUCGAUCUCUGUACGUUGGUAUUCAAAAAAUUUUACUUAGAAGUAAAAAAAAAAAGAAAAUCUUUUUACCGAUCUUAUAGAAUGGUCGCUCGGCUCGGUAUAACGUGUUAAAUCGGAUUCUUAUGUAAUGUUUGACUCGUGAUACAGCUUUUACGCAGAUACAACAAGACCGUGAGCUACGUUUUACCUGCCACGGUUUCGAUCUCGUGUCCUUCUGUUUGCCCAUCCAUUAUGGCUACAAUAACAAGGAUCGUCCGCUCCAUCGGCUCCGCUUCCAUCCUCCCACGUCUCUUUUCCUCGUCCACGUCCACCUAUCGUCCACGUUUUCUCUUCUCUUUUUUUUUCUUUUUUUUUUUCUUUUUUUUCUUCGGUAACAGUCGAACAGGCAGAUCGGUUCUACAUCGUGUUGACCCUAUUCUCCUUUCAAACAUCGUUCGACGAACCACGACUCUCGUCCUCGUUCCACGAGAAUCCUGACGAGUAAGUAAGUACUUACUUACUUACUUACACACGGCCGACGAAUGCAACGUCUUCUGCGUGAAAGAAGUACCUGUAACGUUCUUCUCCGCUUUAUUGUUGCACACUUCAACAUCGCGCGAUGUUGAGAUCGAACACACGGGAUUCGUAUUCUUUUCCGUCGAAAGAGCUGCCGUCAGGAUCUCCACCUGGAUUUUUUGUAUGUAAGAAUACGUGUUAUCGUCUUUUCGUUAAGAUUUGCGGAGAGUUGAAAGAGAACUCGGUUGGAAGAUCUCGAGAUCUUUAGACAUUGUUUUCUUCCAUUUUUCCCCCUUUUUCGAAUUUAUAACUAAUUUUUUUUUCACGUUUACCUUUAUCCUACUUUUACCUUUCUUCUUCUUCUUCUUCUUCUUCUUUCAUUCCAUUUGUCAAAUUGAAAAUCUUGAAUCUUGGUAGUUUUUUUUUUUCUUCAAUUUCGUGGAAUCGACGAUUGUUUCUUCUCUCUUUUUCUUCAUUGGUCAAACUGAGGACUUUGUGUCAUUGGAGUGUGCUAUUAGUUGUGUGGUAAACGUUUAUUCAGUUUGUUGGAUGAACCUUCUGUUAGUUCUAUGUAAAUACGGAGAUCUUUCUGGAAGUCGUUCUUUUUUAAAAGUAUUAUUCAUUGCUACGUCUACUUUCUAUUUCAACGUGUUUAAAGACACGAAGACCUGACUCGGUGUAAUUAAGAAAAAUAUAAUAAAAAGUUCAGAGCCAAUUUAACAACCCAAGCCUCUUUCUUAGUCGUCUAAAUUCUAUCAUAAAUUAAUCUCCAUCCCAAAAUUUGUACAUUUGUUUCUGUUACGCCUUCUAUAUAUCAAAGAAAAAAGAAAGAAAUGUAGAUACCUCUAUAAUUUUCUGUUUCAUAAUAGCGGCGCAACCUCGUUCCAAUAUCAUGUCGAUCCCGAGACACGUACUUCUGAUCCAUUGUCCUUUUUACAGGCCACGUGAUCCCUGGUCCGCCCGGAAUAGUUUCGCGGUGACAAUGAGCAUGCCUACUCCUUCCAUCCCCUCCCUACUUUACCAUCCAGCUUUCUUCCAGGGGCAACGAUAUUGAAUACCGUUUCCACAUGCUCGCCACGUAGCCAGAUCGCUAGGAUCACGAUUCUAUCGUCCCCUUAUCGCGGUGACCUUAACGCAACGCGGGUUUUCAGGCCACCGAUCUCCCCCCUUCCGCCUUCCCCCCCUAGGCUUCUCCUCCUUCCUCGGCUUCUCUCAUCGAAGACCCUCCAUUAUUCGACGAUAUUAAAAUUGUCUUCUAUGAUCGAACUGCGGCUUGAAUAAUUUCCGGGACAGAACGUUUCCAGGCACUGGAGUGGUCUUCGACCACUAAUACCUAACCCAACCUAACCUAACCUAAUAUUUUAACGCAGCAAGGAUUAUGACGUUCCGUUGAAUGCUCGGUGUGAUGAUCAUUCUGUUUUCCUCUGUCCUCUUUUCCCUUCUUGGUUUUGCUCCCUUUUAAUGUUUCGUUGCGAUUAAUGAUCGAAAAUUGAAUCAAUAUUAUCGAUGCCAAACCUGUAAAUUAUGACGAUUAUGAAUAUUAUCUGAGACACCAGACGUAGGUAUGAGGAAUACGGAUACUCGUUUGAUACUUUUACGAAAAUUUCGAUACUUGUUUGAUAUGUCACGAUAGUAUCGAUGUCCGUUACUUCGAUAAAAAUAUCGAUACCUGUUUGAUAUUCAUCUGAAAUAAUAGUCAUCCCUUUCCUUCACAUAUUGUAAUAAAGUAUUUAUAAUUAUAAAAAUAUUUUUAGAGAUAUAAGAGAUAUAAUCACAUACAAUGUGAAAGGCAGUUGAAAUAAUGAGUGUGUAUGAGACUGUACUAUAGUAGGUAUUCAUCUCCAUACUAUUGAAUUUUAAGGUUAACUAUCUUCAAGAGUUUUUAAGGCAUUUCAUCACGAAAGAAUAUCAAAACACUCGUUGAAGUAUCAAUAUAUAUCGAUAUAAAAUAUAGAGCAUAGGUUAUAUAUAAUGUGUGCGUGUGUGUGUGUAUCAAUCGAUAUCAAAUCGAAGUUACUUACGCCGAAUCGAUAUCUAUAUUUACGUCAUAUAUCGAUAUUCGUUUAAUAUUUCUGAUGUAUAUGAAAUAAUAGCAAUAUAUACAAAUAAAUAUAUAUAAAUAUGAAAUAAUAUAUACAUAACCAUCUUUUUGCUCAGUAUAUAUAUUGAACAAGUAUUUUGAAAAUCAAAUACUUUUAUAAUUAUAAAUACUUCAUUACAAUACAUUGAGCAACAGAUGAUUAAAAUUUCAAUACAUACGUAUAUCGAUACUAUUAUGUCAAUGAUCUUGUAAAAAAAUAAUAAAAAUCUACUGUAUUUACAGCGUGUACGUAUACGUCAGAAUCUGCAACAGCUCCACGAUUUCAAGCCAUAAGCCGCCAUUGUUAAUCGUAUCGAUAUCGAAUUGAUUGACAUCAUCAAUAGUAUCGAUAUCGAUCCGAUUAACAAUGGCGGCUCGUAGCUCGAAAUCGUGGAAGUGUUGUAACUUUCGACAUAUACGUGUAAAUACACUGGAUUUUUAUUAUUUUUUUAUACAAAAAUUUUGUACAAAAUUAAACAUUAAAAGCAGACGUAAAUAAAUACGUUCACGUAUUGAGAAGCAGUUCCGCAGGCGCCACUGCUGCUUGGUUAUGUUCGUUUGAUAAUAACAAUUCUUGCAAUUAGAAUAAGAAAAAUGUGUAAAAAAGAAAUAUUUACAUGAAUUUCAUAUUAAUAAAUGUAAUCUUGCAGGUACCUAUUUUUAUUGAUGAAAAUGUAAAUGUAUACGAGAGAUAUAAUCACAUACAAUGUGAAAGACAGUUAAAAUAAUGAGUGUGUAUAAGACUGAAGCAUAGUAGGUAUUCAUCUCCAUCUACUGAAUUUUAAGGUUAACUACCUUCAAGAGUUUUUAAGACAUUUCAUUGCGAAAGAAUUCCAAUUAAUUCAGUCUUGAAAUAUUUCUAAACAGAAAGAAAUUUUAGAGAUAUUAAGUGUUAAAAACAUCAUAAUGUUAGAGAUAUGUAUCAAGUUUUAAAAACAUCAUAAUGUUAGAGAUAUGUAUCAAGUUUUAAAAACAUCAUAAUGUUAGAGAUAUGUAUCAAGUUUUAAAAACAUCAACAAUCCAAAAUUCACAAAACUUGUCUUUUUCCAGUUGUUCUCGCGAGUAAUUGCAGUAUUGAGGAAACCUUUUUGAAAUCGCCUGAUUGCAAAUGCAAAUGCUGCGAGUAGUAUUUGGGAAUCUCCUUGAAAACGUUCGAAAUCAUUUGCAUGGCGUUGAAACGUAUCCUGACAUUCAGGCAACGUAUAUUAAUCUGGGAUUACUAUCGAACGUGCGACUAAUUUAAUUUUUCGUCUCCCCUUCUCGCGAUCUGUUCCUUCAUGACCCCUCGGCCCGUUGUCAAUUGCAGGUCGACACCUUUGCCCCGUCGCGUGCGCCUAAUCGCUUUAGAAUUAACUGCACCCCUGCGUGCUUUUGUGGGGGCCUUCGAUAUCUCGGGACGAGGGGUCUUGGUGAACAGAACUCGCUCCCAGUUUCCUUUUAAUUUGACAAUCAAACGCAUCGCCUGACACGCAACAGUGUCUCCAAACAUAUUUGAAAUUCUAAAGUCCAAAUUGAGAUGCGAUCUCACGGUCAAUUCUUCAUUUGUUACCAACGUGGAUCCAGGGAUACGUACGAGUACAAUGGUGCAAGAGGAUUGAUACAUGCUCGUUACGUAAAUUGUGUUAUACAAUAAUUAUAAAAUUGUAAGAAUUUUAAAGACGUACAAAAUAUCACACAUACGUAUAUACAAAUGUCUUUUAGGGGAAUAGGAAUGUGAGAAACGACGAAAGAGCAGCGAAACAGAUAGAAAAUUGUUUCCGUUGAUCAAUUGAUGACUGCAGUUGACCUAAACCUGGCCCAACGUUUGCGAACAUGUCAUACAGGGGAACAGGAAACGUGAGGAACGGCGAAAAAGUGGCAGACAGGCAUCGCGGCCAAAUCGAAAACUGUGACGUUGCCCGGCAUUUGGUACAAUUUUUUCCAUGAAGUUAAUGUUAAUCAGUGGCGGACGUGACAUGGAUGGAGGGUGCUCGACUGGAUUUCAUGUCGGCCGCUGCCAGGCUUGUACAGCCUGUAUGCCAUAAACGUGCUGCCAUA